UGGGCCUAACGCCAGCUCCAGAACAGUCACAAAGUCUAUUUAACCCAAAGUUUUAAAUGAAGUGGACCGUUUGCUUCACCUAAGCUUCGGCCGACGUUAAAAAAGGCCUUUGAACAAAAAUAGAGAAAUGUUGCCGGGUUCUGUAAUUGUGAUUUUUGCAUCAAGGAGUUUAAGGCAAGUUUUACGUUUUACGUUUUAGUCUCCUUGUAUUCUUUUAUCCAAUAUGGCCCUACUAACCAUAUGUUCGAUAUAAUGCUUCAGAGAAUUUUAUUUUAUUUUAUUUUAAUUAUACCUGGAAUUUGAGUUUUGGUUUUGCAGGUCAAGUAAGGGAGCUAAAUUUACACUUCUGUUUUGAGGGUUUGACUAGCUAUGGCUUAUAAACAAGUAGGAAUAUUUCUACAAGGUUCAAAAUAUUAUAAAACCAAGCGGAAUGGAGCUGUGAAAUUGACUGUUAUGUUUUAUAACUGCUCUGGAGAGUCCCCUAAAGAAUUUUUGAGCUAUGCAUGGUAUGAGAAAGUGUUUCCAAAGAUAACAAGAUUGAGCCAGUUAUUUAAAAAUGUGGAUUUGAUUGAUGGAAGACUAGUUAAUAUCGAAGAUGAUUCGGUUGUCAUUGAUGAAGUCGUUGAGAAUAGAAUGCGUACUUUUAAGUCGUUUGUAAGGGUUUUUCUUGGGUGUCCUUCAGUUCAGCAAAGGAUACAGAAGAAUGUGGUGUCGUCCUUAGGGGGUUCAAAAAGUGCCCCACUGAUUUGUUUUGAUAAACCAGGGGAAAGAGAGCCUUUGGUUGUGAAUUCACUCACCAAGGUGAACAACUUCCUCAAAGUUUCUGCCCAGCAAAGGAAGUCUGUUCGUCUCACUAUAUGCCCACAGGUUACACAGCACCGGAUAUGGACCGGUGCACUUGAGGAGAUAUUGAAUGAAUUGAAAUUAGAAAUUGAUUUAUUGAAUGAUCAAUGCCCCAGCCAAGGGACCAAGAUGGGUCAGCAGAUUGUUUCCAGCUGUCUAAAGUUUUUAGCUGACACGGAAACUUCCAAUGAUCUUGACUCCAUGUCAUGGAUGAAGCUUAACUCUGCAAAAGUUGUCGAUUCUCCAGUUUCCUGCAAAUGGGAAGAAUUUCUUGAGAUGGUCAAUGAUCUCAUCAAGUGUUCAGACAGUGAAAAAGGGUUACUUUAUCAUAUGUCGAAGCUUGAAGUCAUGAGAGAAGGAUUGUUUCAAAUCAGGGAUGUGUUGGUUGAUAAACAUAUUGGAUACAAGGAGGUUCGACAUCAAGAAUACUUACUGCGGAAGAAACUUUCCAAGACAUUGGGUCACUCAUCGCAAUGCUUAUUCACACUCUUGGUGUAUUACCUGUAUGGACAAGUUAGAGACAUUGAAGUGGAUGUUUGUGGUAAUAUAUAUCCAAGUGGUGAGAACAAGUUUACACUGUGCAUGGGAAGAAUUCUGACAUCAGGUGAGGAGAAGAUGGUCUGGAGAGGAGUUAAGCAGUUGGACAGGGCAGUUAGAUUGUUCAAGUUUAUAUGGGAAACAGCAAACAUGAAGGGAGUUUUGGAGUUGCAAGGUCACUUAUGGUGUGUAGGGGCCGAAGAGAGGGCACUUACAUAUAGAGGGAAUGCAUUCUUUUUACAUAGCAUCAGUCUUUAGCAUCUAAAGGCUAUUUGUUUGGUGUAAACUUCAUCUUCAUCUAUACU